AUGGCCAAAAGUGUCCGCGCCAGCGUCUCCAAGCGCAACAGAGCCAAUCUUCGCAAGAAGGUGUUUGGUCCGGUGGUUGAUGCUAGAACGGAGCGACUCGCAGCCAAACUCCAGGAGCUUGCUUCACAACCCCGGCCCGAAGCCCCCGAGAAAUCCAAGAUGGAUGUGGAAGACUCUGCCAACCAAGAGGAAGCUACUGCCAAGGCCUCUCACGCCGGUGAAGACGAAGAGAUGGACAUCGAUUCCAAGACCCCCAAGAGCCGAUCUUCAAAAUCAGGACGUGUGCAAAAGCGCAACCGCAAGCCCCGUAACUCCAUCGUUUUCCAAGCACGUCCUUCCAAGUCUAAGAAGCCCAACAAGAAGUGA